UAAUUUACCCAAAUCAUUAUCUUUUUCCAAAGCGGCCAUCCGAACCGAACCAGGGGGCAAUACUGUCUUGAAACCCAGAACCGUAUCAAAAGAAGCCCGAUUCGUCGAUGCUCACAAGUCGCAAGGCGUAGACGUUUCUUUCUGUUGAUUCGAUCUACAUUGCGAGGAGAAGAGGAACGACAAGGAAAACGAGUCAUGUUGCUGGCUGUGCUGAUCGCCAACUCCGAGGGCAACAUUCUCGUUGAACGGUUCAAUGGAGUUCCAGCUGAGGAACGUCUGCACUGGCGUUCUUUCUUGGUUAAGCUGGGAGCAGAUAAUCUUAAAGGUGUCAAGAAUGAAGAGCUCCUAGUUGCUUGCCACAAGUCUGUUUAUAUUGUUUACACUGUGCUUGGAGAUGUAAGCCUUUUUGUUGUUGGCAAGGAUGAGUAUGAUGAACUUGCCUUGGCAGAAGCACUUCAUGUUAUAACUUCAGCUGUGAAGGAUGCGUGUGGAAAACCUCCAACAGAGCGCCUUUUCCUGGAUAAGUAUGGGAAGAUCUGCCUUUGUUUGGAUGAGAUUGUCUGGAAGGGUUUGCUCGAGAACACGGAUAAGGAGAGAAUCAAAAGGCUCAUAAGGUUGAAACCACCAACUGAAUUCUGAAGAAAAAGUUCGUCAAGUUUGUCAACCUAUCUGUUGAAAGGGGGCGGUCAGAACUAGGCUUGUGCAGCAAUUUUUGUAUCUUGAUGGUGGAGACAUUCUGUUCUUCUGUAUGUUUGUGUGGGUACAAUUACUUAAAUGCUAUUUUCCGUGUAUUUCGCACCUUGUAACUUGAUUGGGGCAUGAUGCCUUGUUAUUAAUCUUAGGGUGUGUUUGAUAGCAUAAAAAAUGUCACAUUCAAAGAAUUGAAUUCCAUUUUAGUGUUUGACA